UAUAGAUUUAUCGAUUGCUGCCGGUCUGUGACGUCAGGCAAGCGAGCGGGAGAGCUCGCUGUGAAUUGGGAGGAAGAACCCGGAAGUGCUCAAUUGCUCCCCCAGUUCGUCGAUUUUUUUCGACAGUUGCCGACGACGAUGGACUCGACAACCCGCAGCGAGCAACCUCAGGUUGGCGACGCCGACAACACCACCACCACGACGGCGGCGAGCGGAGAAGGAGAUACCGGUGGUGCGACGAAGCUGACGAACGUCAAGAAGAAAAAAAAGAAAACGACGAACAGGGGGAGGAGAAGGAGGAAGAAGAAGAUACCGCCGUCGUUGCACCAUCACCAGCAGAACCCCCCGAGAAGCUCCCCCUUGUCCAACCACCACCACCACAAUAUCAACAACAUGCAGCAGCAGAGCACCGGCCUAUCCGCUUCGGGGCAGCCCGGCCGGACAUCAGCCAUCAUUAGCAAAAAAGAGCUGCUGUGGUCCAAAUGUGGUUGGCUGGAGCGAGGACCCGCGCAGCCGGCUUGUUCGGCGACCCGCAUGCUUCUGAAACACGAGCCACUCAACAUCGCCCAGCGACACAACCCGGACUCUGGCCAGGCUCCACGCAAGAAGAGGGGCAGCAACGUUCCCAACACCAAGAACGCGGCCGAGCGCUUCAAAGAACAGGACGGCGAGAAAGUCUACGCCGGCGCCAGGUUCAAUGAGCCGCCCUCGCCAAGCAUCCUGCCCAAACCCCCCAGCCACUGGGUCCGGAAGAACCAGAGUCCAAAACUCAAAAGUCGAGAAAUAUCGAGCAACCACCUGAAGUCGCUUCUGAAGGUUGAAAGUCAAGCGUGACCGCAAAGUUGAAUCACAGGUCGAGUUUAGCUUAUGCCGUAACGGUGGAGGUUGAAAUUUAGCCACCUGUUCCUUGCUGACAGCCGUUGCCGCUUCAGGCCCUUUGAUAAUUUCACGAGACACCAAAGUUAAGGUUCGAUGUGUAUCUCGAUAAUUUUUAUUGUUAAAUAUCCAGUAAAUACCCUAAAUACAACAUUUUAUUAAUUUAUUGAAAAAAAAUCUGAUUAUUCAGACAAAUACUAUAUUCAUAAUAUUUAGUAUAUUAAUAUUAUAUUUUAUAACCGUUUUUCCAGAACACCAAAUAUCAGCUCAGUACUUUGCUCUCCAAGUAGUCAUGACCAACAUUAAAAUUUAAUCAAGAAAUAUAGUAUAUAGGUUUGGUAGAAGUAAUUUUAAUAAUUUAAUCCACUCGACACUGUUUUCCAUUUUCUUUUCCUUAAAUAUAGGAAGAAAAAAAUAUUUAAAUCGUGUCAAUUAAAAUUAAUUGUACACAAAAGGCAAUAAAAUAUCGGACAGAAAUUUUAAAAACAAACUGUUAUUAAAGAUGAAUUGCAAAUUUACUCAAAUGUUAAAUACAGUUGAACUGUACUUAGGCAGUGAUUCUUUCAUGUACCACUAGAGAGAGCCCACGUACUACUGGUGGUAUCAUACAACACUGAGAAACACUGAUAUAUGUCUAUUUACACUUUGGCUCAUAUUGGUCAGAUGGAUGUCUGUCGAAAAUAGUCACAUGAAAUGAAUUUGCAGGAAUCUUGUUGAACAAUGUUAUCUUAACUCUCUGUUUAGGUUGUUUGAAAUGAACUUAAAAUAAUAUGAAAUAUACCGGUAUAAACAGUUUUGCGUCUUAUUCUUCUGCAAUUCCCCGUUUGGAUACAAUGUCGUUUGCAUUCUCGCGUUUCAUGACUUCCGGCUGCUUCCUGAGCGUGAAUGUUCGGUUUCUGAUAUCGGCUAAUUCGCCCGUCGACUUUGUCAGCAUGUGAUUCCCUCCUCAGGCAGCUAUUGCGGCUUUGCACCUUCAGAUAAUUUGAUAAUCUGGGGCUUUGACAAUAGCGUGAAUAAGGCCUCGCCUUUGAAUGCACUGAGAGAGCAGGAAGCCUCCGACCUGUUUGCACUUUGUCUCUUGUGUAGAUGUACUUUUUUUUCCAGACUGGUUGAAUGUACAUAAAAUAUUUGUGUAUAUCCUUUUGAAAGAUUCUAGUUUGGUUAUGGAGCUUUUUUCCCCUCGCCAUGGAGAAGAAAACCUGCCGUUACUACUAGCGCUACUAGUUAGCCCUUUGGGGACCGCCACCUCAUCAGAUUCUUCAUCAAAGACAUCAACAUGUCAACUGCUGCUAAUUAUUUUGAAGUCAGAAAGUGUAAUAAAUAUGUCAUUGAAGAUAACGAGAGAACUACUUCAAGGCCGGGAUGAAGAUGUUCUCAUCGUCAUCGUGUUCCUAUGACUGUGAAUACACAAACACUCCCAUGCAAAAAAAAAAAGGCCUGGAAUGGUGGCCGUUUUCCAAGCCAUAUGACUCCACUCAGGAAAGAAUCAGCACGUUUGGAAAAAAGUCUUUGAUAACUUUAUUAUGACAAUAAAGUAAUACCUACUUGUA